GAUACUGGAUACACGAAUCCCGAAUACUCACUCUCCUCCACCAACCACAUUUUUAUAUUUCAUUUCAUCAUUCAAAAUUAUAAAAACAUUCUUUACUAGUAUACACAUUUUCAUUUUCAUUUUAUUAAUUGAUCGUUGAAUCAAAGUCCAAAACAUUUAUUACAGAUACACUUCCUUUAUAGCUAGCUAGCUAGCUAGCUGUUGGGACGAUACGAUCACUUUUCACUUCAGACCCGCCACAACCAAUUCUCCUCCAUGCCGUCCGCCGGUGCUUCUUUUUUCACCGGCGUUUCUUCACCUCUCUUCCGCCGCGACCCGCCACAGCUUCUCAGGAAACCUCGGAUUCUGAGAAUGGCCCCGCGCUUCGCCAUAUCAGUCGACCGAGUUCCGGCGACAAUCGUAACGGAGGAGAAAUUAACCAUGACGGUGGCGAAACGAGAAGAGGAAAUAAGUACGGUGGAGACAGAGAAGCGUUGGGAAGAGAAUGAGGAGAAAGAGAGACGGACCGGUUGGAAGGAAUAUUUUGAGCAUGCGAAGGAGUUUAUCGGAGUUGCUGACGGUGGACCUCCGCGGUGGUUUUCGCCGUCGGAGUGUGGUUCGCGGUUGGAUAAUUCUCCUCUUAUGCUCUUCUUACCGGGGAUUGAUGGCUUGGGACUUGGACUUAUUUCACAUCAUCAGAAACUGGGAAGGAUUUUUGAUGUGUGGUGCUUGCAUAUUCCAGUUGCGGAUCGAACAUCAUUUACAGACCUUGUGAAAUUAGUUGAGAGAACAGUUAGGUCAGAAUAUGAACGUUCACCAAAUAGGCCCAUAUAUCUUGUUGGAGAAUCUUUAGGAGGGUGCCUUGCACUGGCUGUUGCAGCUCGUAACCGUGAUAUUGAUCUUGUACUAAUUUUGUCAAACCCAGCUACCUCAUUCAGCAGGUCCCAGUUACAAUUUGUAACACCAUUGUUGGAAACUUUGCCUGACUCGCUCUCUCCUGCCUUGCCGAACAUUCUCAGUUUGACAGCAGGAGGGCCUCUGAGGCUGGUUUUGGAUAACUUCGUGAAAGGACUUCCUCUACAAAAUACAGCAAGAGAGCUAAUUGGAGACUUUACUACUUUCUCAUCAUCUCUUCCUGUUCUUGCAGACAUAUUACCAAAAGAAACACUUCUCUGGAAACUAAAGAUGUCUAAGUCAGCAUCUGAAUAUGCCAAUUCACGUCUUUAUGCUAUCAAAGCUCAAACUUUGAUACUCAGCAGUGGAAAUGAUCAAUUACUACCUAGCCAACAGGAAGGUGAAAGACUACAUAAAUUACUGCCUAAUUGCGAGCUCCGUAAAUUUGAUGACAGUGGACAUUUCCUACUACUGGAAGGCAGCAUUGACCUGGUAACCAUCCUCAAGGGAGCUUCUUACUACCGCCGUGGCAAGUAUCAUGACUAUGUUUCUGAUUUCAUACCGCCUACACCUUAUGAAGCCAAAGAAGUAAUAGAAUCAAACAGAUUGAUUAAUGCGGUCACAAGCGCUGUAAUGCUUUCAACCUUGGAGGAUGGAACGAUUGUAAAGGGACUUGCUGGAAUUCCUUCAGAGGGUCCUGUUUUGUUUGUUGGGUACCACAUGUUGCUAGGAUUGGAAUUAGUUCCCUUGGUUUCUCGAAUUUAUAAUGAAAGAAAUAUCCUUGUUAGAGGAAUAGCACAUCCUAUGAUGUUCAAGAGACAGAAAAAUGGGAGUUUGCCAGAAAUAUCUUCUUUUGACACAUUCAGAAUUAUGGGUGCUGUUCCUGUAGCACCAACUAACCUCUUUAAGCUUUUAUCUUCCAAGUCACAUGUCCUGUUAUAUCCUGGAGGGAUGCGCGAGGCUCUUCAUAGGAAGGGUGAAGAAUACAAAUUAUUCUGGCCUGAACAAUCUGAGUUUAUCAGAAUGGCAGCAAGAUUUGGAGCCAAAAUCGUACCUUUUGGUGCUGUUGGAGAAGAUGAUCUUGGCCAAGUUGUGAUUGAUUAUGAUGACUUGGUGAAGAUUCCUUACUUUAAGUCUGAAAUAGAAAAACUUACAAACGAGGCUAUGCAGUUGAGGACUGGUGCUAGUGGUGAGGUGGCAAAUCAACAAGUGCAUAUGCCUGGAAUUUUGCCUAAAGUUCCAGGCCGGUUCUACUAUUAUUUUGGAAAACCAAUUGAAACAGCAGGAAGGAAACAGGAACUUAAAGACAGAGAGAACUCUCAAGAAUUAUAUCUUGAAGUGCAAUCUGAGGUUGAGAGAUGUAUUGCUUAUUUAAAAGAGAAACGAGAAAGCGAUCCUUACAGAAGUAUAGUGUCUCGGUUAUUCUACCAAGCUACACAUGGUUUUACAUCUGAUAUUCCAACAUUUGAAAUUUGAUUGGUUUGUACAAAAAUUGGUAAUUUUAUAAUUUUGAUCAAGAAAGUUCCCUAGGUAGAAAGGCAAACUUUGUAUUUGCCCAUAGUUUUUAGGCAUUGGUUUUGCCCUGAAGGCAUGAUAGCUCAUAGAAGGUUGGAUCAUUGUGCAGUUCUUCCUAUAGGUUAAAUUAAAAAGCAGCAAAUGCAAAAAAUGAAUGAUUGGGAAAGAAACAUAACUGCUGAAGUUGUAUGUAAAUUUUUGUCAUUUUUUAUUCUUGGACCAUGGAAUCUUGAAGCAUGUAAAGUUGGAGGGAGGUAUCAGUGUAUCAUUCCCUAAUACCAUAGUGAAAUUAUAUAUGUCUCUAGUCUCUUGACACAUAUA